GCGCAAGGCGCGAACAUGGCGGCCGCCGUUGCGUCCCUGUAUGCUGUGGGCCGUUACGGCCGAGCUAUGUUGCCCCAACUCCGCUGCGCGUGGACCCCGGUGCUGCUGCCGGCCGCGGCCAAUUGUACGGCGGCAUCCAAAAGAAGCCGGUUUGGAGUGAAAUAUAAAGAUGAUGAUGAAGAGUUUCAGAAAGAUUUCUCAAAACAGAAUGCUCAGUAUAAGUUUUUUAGCAAGUUUAAUAGUAAAUUAUUUUGCCUUGUAGGUGUACACUCGAGAAGAUCUGGGGUAUCAUGGUACAGUAGACGGUUUGGGAUUCCUAGAACAAAAAAAAUGCCUGUUGAUCAAGAUUGGAGCAGCGUUUACCCAACUGCAGCAGCAUUUAAGCCUUCUGCAGUUCCACUUCCCAUUCGAAUGGGCUACCCAAUGAGGAGAGGAGCACCUCCAUCAAAAGAGGGCAACUUGGAGCUUAUAAAGAUUCCCAAUUUUUUGCAUCUUACUCCUGGUGCAGUUAAGAAACACUGUGCAGCUCUUAAAGAUUUCUGCACUGAAUGGCCAACUGCAUUGGACAGUGACGAGAAAUGUGAGCAGCAUUUUCCUGUUGAAACUGACACAGUGGAUUAUGUUUCAGCAGGGCCAUCUAUUCGUAAUCCCAAAGCAAGAGCGGUGACCUUAAGAGUUAAACUUUCCAACCUGAAUUUAGAUGACCAUGCGAAAAAGAAGCUUAUUAAACUUGUAGGAGAGCGGUACAGCAAGGAUACAGAUAUCCUUACUAUUACAACAGACAGAUGUCCACUAAGGAGACAAAACUAUGAUUAUGGAAUAUACCUCCUCACAGUUUUGUACCAUGAAUCUUGGAAAACUGAGAAGUGGGAAAGUGAAAAGACUGAUGCAGACAUGGAGGAAUAUAGCUGGGAGAAUUCCUGCUCUCAGAAGAAUGUCUUGGACACACUUCUGCGAAUAAAAGCUGCAGAGAAAAUCAGUGAUGUACCUAGGGAAGAACUGCUUGCUUCUGAGAUAGUCGAGAACUACAAAAACUCUGUGGUCCUGCUUAAAAACGAGGGGGAAACAGAGGAUAACGUGUCUAAGUACAAGGAAUCAGUUAAGAAACUGCUGAAUCUGCAAGGAUUCCAGUGAAAAUAGACUUGCUUAAGUAUAAAGGUGAAAAUGUGUUAUUAAUACCUUUGUAUAAAAUUCAGAUUAGCUAUCCAUAAUGUCUAAGCAUCUUCUUUCUUCGAGUUUUUAAAAAAUUAACUAAACCCAAAUGUGGGUGAUUAUAGAAUUCGGAAAGUAUCAGCGAUGCUUAAAUUCAGUCAUGGGAAAAGUUUAUACACUAUCAUGGUCCACAAACAUCAUUUGUGUAUGAAUAAAACUUGUAUUAGUUCUUGUCUGGCAAGCCAUCAAAAUGAAUGCCCAUUGCUUUGAAUUUGCCAUUCAACAGGUGCUAGUGUGGAACAUGGUGGAUCCAUAACCAAUCUUUUGAUCCAUCAGAAACUUAAGCAUGACUUUGGCCAAGUCACCACGGGCACAGUUAUUAAAAAAGUACGUAAGAGAUUUCGGGCUAACAAGUUCCACUGACUUGUAAUACGACUUAAAUUCAUAUGUGACAACAUUCACUUUUAGAAUGGGAGUUGAUACCUAAACCUCUUGGGUACUUUUGAAAAUGUGACCCUUAGGUUUUCUGUGUCUCUGUUCUUUGGGGAUUAUAUUUCCCUGCCUCUAAGGUAUUGGAAAAUAAACACAUUUAAGAUGUUAAUGCUCAUAUAUUAUGCUAGGACAGGGAUUGGCAACCUACACUCAACCAAGUCACUGGAUCCAGCCCACAGAGCUAGGGUUUUCUUGGGUAACCUUGGUGGCUGGUAGCUUUGCCCAUGCCAUGCCAAGCUGCAGCCAGGUGGUGGGGAACUUUUUGUGUUUGCAGCACCACAGUCAGGCAGUGGAGAGAAGCAUAAGUGUAGAAAAGCAGUGGUGACAGCCAGGUCUUAAUAUCAGCAUGUCAGACCCACCCUGGGCUGUUCCAAUCUACUUGCCAGAAACUAUUGCUGACAGCUGUGCUAGAAAGCCAAAUAAGCAACUUGCAUAGAAAUGGUAUACCCAAUGGAAAAGGAACAGGAUAAGGUAAACCUUGAAAUAGGAAAUAGACAAACUAGUGAGUUGAAGGCUAAUGAGAAUUGAUUUCCAGGAUACCAUCAUGCAUAAAGAAGGAAAAAGGAGAAAAUGGAGGUUGGAUGCAUACAGGAUAAAAUCUUGUAUACCUAUACAAGAUGUAUAUAGAAUAAGUAAG